ACAAAUGGUGGAAGAAUGGUGUACAUUUUGUUCCUGAUCCCUCUGCUCCUUAUGGGUGGAGUGCAAGUCUCUGCAAACAAUAGACCUCAGUUUGGAACCAUGCCCCCUGUCAUUAUAACAGAAGAUCUUCCCGUUGGGUCACAUGUAUUUACCAUCAUUGCUACAGAUGUUGAUGGUGACACUUUGACAUAUGGCAUAGAAGGACCAGAUUCAUAUUACUUUAGCUGGAAGCCUAGCACUGGUGAGGUGACUCUUGCUAUUUCAGUAGAUUAUGAGGUCAAAACCUCACUUACAAUAAUUUUGACAGUGACUGAUGGAAAAAGUGCAACGGUUACCAAGACCAUACUUGUAGUUGUGAAGGAUUGCAAUGAUAAUGCACCGAUAUUUGAGGGCACGCCUUAUUUUGUCACAGUCAAUGAGAGCACUGCACCAGGAACUAUAAUUUUCAGUGUUACAGCAAAAGAUUAUGAUGAUGAAGGACAAGCACCAGUUUCAUUUGAGAUUAUUCAGAUCACGCCAAAUAUUCCAGGCCCCUACCUUUUCUUCAUCAACCGAGAAGCUGACACAAGUCCUACAAUUGGAAAUAUUGUACUUAAUGACACUUUGGACUACAAGUUGAGCACCCUUUAUCAACUAAGUGUUCUAGCCAAGGACCGAGGUGGGACACUCAAUGGUUCAUUUAUUCAUCAAAACUCCACAGCUUAUGUAUCUGUAAAUGUUAACGAUGUACCAGAUUUGGACCCAGAGUUUAUUGGAGCUCCUUAUGUGGCUUCUGUUUAUGAACAUACCACACUAGAUGAAUUUGUUCUUAAAGUGUCAGCCAUUGAUGCAGACAGAGGAAUUAAUGAUAACAUCCUAUAUUCCAUCAAUAGUUCCACAGUGAGUGAUCUCUUCACCAUAGAAAAGUUGACUGGAGAAAUCCGUGUAAGUGGUGACAUAGACAGAGAGGAAUUAUUGGAUAAUGAUGAGCAAGUUAUACUGACUGUGAUGGCCCAAGAAGAGAAUUUAAAUAUACAUGGACAAAAUGCAACGGCGACUACAACUGUUACAAUUCGUGUAUUAGAUAUAAAUGAUAAUAAACCAGAAUUUUACAACUGUGAAGUAACUGAUUGUAAUUUCAAAACUGACCAUGCAACAAACUUCUAUGGAGAAAUAGAAGAACAUUCAUCUGUGCGGGUACCGGUGGCAAAUCUUACCAUCACUGCUAAUGACCCUGAUAAGGAUCAAAAUGGAGCCUUCAACCUGUAUUUAAGGGGAAAGGAUGCUGACUGUUUUACAGUAUCUCCAACUCGAGUGAUUAACACUGGUCUAGUUCAGGUUCUGGUUAAAAACUCCAAGGCUAUUGACUAUGAAAUUGUUCACGUGAUGAAUGUUGAGAUUGUGGCUAAUGACACAGGAAAUUCAGCUGAUUGCUGCUCCAUGGCUAAUGUGAUUAUCCAGCUGAUAGACAUUAAUGAUCACAUUCCAGAAUUUCCUGAUCCAUUGUAUAAGCUUGAGGUUGAAGAACACUGUGCUAAUGGUACAAGUCUAGGAAUAAUUCAGGCAACAGACCUUGACUCUGGACUAUAUGGAUUAAUUACAUAUGGCCUGCUACCUCCAUCCAUACUUAACUCUUUCACAGUGAACCCUUCUACUGGAGAAAUCACAGUGGUCAAUGGAGAUCUUUUAGAUAGAGAACGGCUUUCUCAGUAUUAUGCUACUCUGCAAGCUCGGGAUGGAUUGAAUGCCACUGGAACUACUCUUCUUGAGAUCACUUUAAUAGAUAUUAAUGACUGGCCUCCAGAAGCAAUAGGGACAUAUAAUAUAUUUGUCAAUGAGAAUACUGAGGAGGUUUCCCUUGAGAUUAAGGCAAUUGAUAAUGAUGAACCAGGCAAUAAUAACAGCAUAAUAAGAUUCCGGUUGCUACCAGGUUACUUGAGUGAAAAUUUCACCAUUAACUCCGCCACUGGUGUUAUCACCAGCUUGACUCCUUUGGAUCGGGAAGCAAUUGAUAUAACACUUAAUGGACGCAUUGUACUUACAGUGGAAAUAUAUGACCUGGGAGUCCCCUCUCUAUCAUCAGAAGUUAAUGUGACCAUUAAUGUUGAGGAUUUAAAUGACAACAUUCCAUUUUUUACUCAAGAAGAGUAUAGAUUUUCUGUUAAUGAAAGUACAGAAGGGGCCUAUGUUGGGAUAGUUGAAGCCAGUGAUGCCGAUCAGACUGAAAUAAAUAACCGUAUUAGCUUCCGUAUUUCUCAAGGCGGAUCUGGAAACUUUAUCAUUCGAGGACAAAAAGAGACCAACAGUUCAGGCCAUUAUAUUGGGCAGCUGUUCGUAGAUCCUGAAGUCAAACUUGAUUAUGAACAGCAGAAGAGUUACACUUUAAUUGUUGAAGCACAGGAUUAUGGAUUUCAAGGCAUCAGUCACACAGCAUAUACCACAGUCUUUGUACAAGUGCUUGAUCUCAAUGAUGAACCACCACAUAUUGACCAGUCAACUCUGGUGGAUCUCUAUGUUGUUGAAAAUAGGACAGGGGUUCCAGAACAGAUUGCACUCUUGAAUGCCACGGAUCCCGACACAGACCAUCUUCUUGAGUUCCAGGCAUUGUCUGUCUCCUGCUAUAAGAAUUCCAAAGAUGUAGGCAGCAUUUGCUAUGACUGGUUGUGGCUGGCACCUGAUGGACAGCUGUUUGUGAAUCAUACUGAAGAUGUUGAUUAUGAGCAAUGCGACCAGAUGGACAUGCUGUUGCGUGUAGAGGACAAGUUGACACUUCUUGGAGACAGAUACAGCAACAAUGUGACCCAGCGAGUGCUCAUAGUAGAUGCCAAUGACAAUGCUCCAGAAUUCAUAGAAAUUACCCAAGCAUUUGUGGUUAUUCCUGAAACUGCUGUCAUCAAUACUGAAGUGGCAUCUGUGAAGGCACAAGAUAAAGACAGUGGACAAAAUGCUGAGCUAUUAUUUUCCAUCGACAAAGUGGAUUUUAUCUUUUCAACUGGUGGAGUACAGCAACUUGGCAAUUUAUUCACUGCCGUCACAAACAAUGAAAAUAAUAUUUACAUUGGCUCUAUCAGAGUUGCCAGCAAUCUAGAUAGAACAUUGAAGGGGCAAUAUAAUGUAACAGUCAGAGUGACCGACAAAGGAAACCCUCCACUUAUAGCCAUACGCUCUAUAACAAUAUUUACAAUAGAUGAAUCUUAUCGAUCUAUAUUGCGCUUCUCAAAGUCAGUGGAUGAAGUUCAAGAAAAAGUUGGUUUGAUCAUGGCGCAAAUUUCAAUGGCAACUGAAGCAUCUGUGUUUGUUUCUGGGAUUGAACCUGACGAAGGCACAAGAAGAAUGUUAUCUCGAGCCAAUGAACGAAGCAUCCUCUCAGUAUACUGUCUGUUCGCCAAUGGGACAGCCAUAACACCAGAUGAACUCAGCAGAAUUAUACAAGGUAAUGAAGUUGCUCUGCGUAACCUACUGUCAUAUGGCCUCACUCUCAUUGGAACAGCUGAGACUCCCCUGGCAACAGGAAAUACUAUACUUAUUGGAAUCACUGCAGGCCUUUGUGCUGUUGUGAUCCUUCUUAUCAUCAUUAUGAUCAUCUCAUUGGUCUGUAUGAGGAAAAGUCAUAAGAGGAAAUUACGAGCUGUCAAAGCUUCAAAAGUUGCAAAAUCCUUACCUGGAGAAGCUGUGCAAGGAAUAGAGGCCAUACCUGGUACCAACAAAUUCAACUCUGAUGGUGCCAACCCCAUGCUGAAUGUUGAUAUGGGCACCUUUUUAGACUUGGGCUUCGAAGACAACAGUUCUGUUAGUGAUUCUGCCAGUGUGCACUCUGAUUACAAUAAUAUCUUUGUUGGGGUAAAAGGUGACACAUCUGUUUACCAGGAAUUUGCACCUUCCACUUCUAAAGAUGGUGAAGAACCUUUGGCAGCCGCUCUUAACGAGAGACAAAAAAUGUCAUAUAACAAUACAGCUUUGGACACAACUGACCUGUAACAUGUCACAACAGAAGAUUUAAACAAACCCUUUAAAUUACUUCUUCCCACCCAAUAUUGUAAACUAUGGACCCUCAGUGCCUAAAUCUACCCUUAGUGGGACUGUCAAAUUCUUUGAUUAAUGCCACAGCCACCCUUGAAGAGACAAUGGCAAAUGCUGAUACCAAGUAAUGGCGCACCUGUUCCUCUCCCCCCCAUGUGGAAUAACCAGGGACUGGUAAUUGGCCAUUUAGGCCUUGAGCAUUGCAUUAUGAGAGAGCAGUUGGUUUGUCACAUACUAUAAGUUACCGAGAGUAGCACUCAGGGGUAGUGACUAGGGAUGGGCUAUCUGUUCAAGUCGAACAUGAGUUUGACUCGAACAUUGCCUGUUCGCUCGUUCGCCGAACAGCGAACAAUUUGGGGUGUUAAAACUUUAAAAGUCUACGGGAGACAUCAAAAGUGCCAAUUUUAAAGGUUAAUAUGCAAGUUAUUGUCAUAAAAAGUGUUUGGGGACCCGGGUCUUGCCCCA